CUUUAAGCAGGCUUUAAAUAUUGAACUGCUUGUUGUAAGCAAAAAUAAGCGUUCGUUUUAGGAUAUCUUAAAUAAGCGAAAGGUCUGGUAAUCUGGAACGCGUUUAGCUACAACAAUAUUUCACUACAAACAAUUUAUUUUUACUUGAGGCUGUAAAUCGAAAGACGAAAUUAGGCGUUCUUUUUUCCUUAAAUUAAAAAAAUUAUACAUAUUACCUAUGGGAUUCGGUAAAAAGAAAGUUUCUUACUUUUAUGACGAGGAUGUCGGAAAUUACCACUAUGGUCCACAGCAUCCAAUGAAGCCGCAUCGUGUGCGAAUGGUUCACAAUUUGGUCGUGAACUAUAAUUUGCAUGAAAAAAUGAACGUUAUUACCCCCAUGCGGGCUACUAAAAACGAUAUGACUCGCUGCCAUACCGAUGAAUACAUUGACUUUCUGCAUAGAGUUACUCCAGAUACCAUGGAAAAGUUCCAACCUCAUCAGUUGAAAUUCAACGUCGGUGAUGAUUGUCCAGUUUUUGAUGGCCUUUAUGAAUUUUGUACAAUCUCUGCCGGUGGCUCGAUCUGUGCGGCUCAGGAAUUAAAUUCUGGUAAUGCUGAAAUUGCAAUUAAUUGGGCUGGAGGUUUGCAUCAUGCAAAGAAACGAGAAGCCUCUGGUUUUUGUUAUGUUAAUGAUAGCGCCCUCGCAGCGUUGGAGCUUUUAAAGUAUCACCAACGUGUUCUCUAUGUAGACAUUGACGUGCAUCAUGGCGAUGGUGUAGAAGAAUUUUUCUACACGACUGAUCGAGUCAUGACUUGCUCUUUCCACAAAUUUGGAGAAUAUUUCCCUGGAACCGGUCACAUCAAGGAUACUGGUAUUGGGGUUGGUAAAAACUAUGCGGUAAAUGUACCUUUGAGAGAUGGAAUAAACGAUGAAACCUAUGAAAGCGUUUUUAAGCCAAUUAUUAGUCAUAUCAUGCAAUGGUUUCGACCAGAAGCAGUUAUUUUACAAUGCGGUACAGAUUCAUUAGCUGGUGAUCGCCUUGGCUGCUUCAAUUUGUCAAUGAGAGGUCACGCUUCAUGUGUUCGAUUUUUGAAAAGUUUCAAAGUUCCUCUAAUCUGUGUUGGCGGAGGCGGCUAUACAGUUAGAAAUGUCUCUCGUGUUUGGACUUAUGAAACAGGAAUACUUAACGAUGAAGAAUUGGACGAAAAUCUUCCGUAUAACGACUAUUUACAAUAUUAUGGUCCUGACUAUAAAUUGAAUGUCUUGCCAAACAACAUGGAAAAUCACAAUUCACGACAGUAUCUGGAUGCCACGAUUGCGGAAAUUAUAGAGAAUCUAAGGAGCCUGGCUUUUGCUCCAAGUGUACAAAUGCAACCACGGCCUCAAGAUUUUACUUUCGAAAAAAAUGAGGAAAAGAAGAUUGCUACGGAGGAAAUUAUGGAUGAAAGAAAAUAAAUCGGCCAUAAUUACAGCUCUUUGUGAGUCAUAAGCUCUACUAUUUCUUUUUUAUUUUUUCUGGAUCAGAUAUAUAUUUUUCGUUAAUACCUAUUUACAUAUUUACAUACAAAACCAGCAAAAAGGGGUAACACUAUAUAUUUUUUGUAUUGUGGUUCAAUUGAAUCGUACAAUCCCUUAGUUUCCAAGAAAGAGCGGCUGAAUAAUCUAGUAGCGUAUUUAUGACCGGUAUCACAAAGAACAGUGACAAUAGUUUUACCAGGACCUAAAAUUUUUGCCAUUUCAACAGCGGCAACAACGUUCAAGGUAGAAGAGCCUCCUAAGAAGAUACCUUCUUCAUCUAACAGACGAUAUAACAUAUUAAUGGAUAACUCGUCGGGAAUUCUCAAAGCAUCGUCAAUCAAGUCAUAUAUAGGUUUCACAUUUCCAGUGAUACGGCCCUGACCAAUACCCUCGGUAAACGAAGAACCACUAUUAUCAGGCUUUUGACCCUUAGUCUUGAAGUGGCUAUAUAAGACACUUCCGGGAGGAUCAGCUAUAAAGGACGAAACGCGACCCUCUGACUUUUCUUUUAGAAGUUUGGUAACACCGGCAAAAGUACCACCAGUACCGGUAGAACAAGUAAAGCCAUCAACUUUUCCUCCAGUCUGGUCCCAGAUUUCAGGACCAGUAGUUUCAUAAUGAGAUUGUAAAUUGGCCACAUUGUCGAAUUGGUCAGUCCAAACAGCAUUUGGGAUUGACUCGGCGUGACGACGAGCUUGAUGAUUGUAGUUUUGUGGGUUCGCAUAUGCAACCGCAGGUACUGGAAACACCUCAGCUCCUAAGUACUUCAAGGUAUCGAUUUUUGUCUGUGAUUGUGUGUUGGGCAUAUAAAUGACACACCUGUAUCCACGAGCUCUGGCAAUAUGAGCAAGUCCAAUUCCGGUAUUACCUGCGGUACCUUCUACUACAGUACCUCCACGCUGUAAUGUGCCAUUCUUUUCAGCAUUUCGCACAACGUAGUAAGCAGCACGAUCUUUCACACUUCCACCAGGGUUUUGAAAUUCUAAUUAUCACGUUGUUAAUAUUCAGUUUUCUCCUACUUGAACGAUUACGGACUUACCAGCCUUCGCAAGGAUAUUGCAACCUGUUUCUUUGGAAAGAGAAUCAAGACGAAUCAAAGGCGUGCGACCAAUUGCGCCAAUGAAUCCAUCAACAACGCUUGGAAAGUUUGUCUGCAAAAUGCGAGAACCCAUCGUCAAUUACUACUGUGUGAGACGCGCUUGGCAAAUUCACACUGCUCUGCUUUAAAUAACACUGUAGAGAGAUACGCAAAUGACGCAAUACUGCCGAAAGCUUCGCAAUCAGCGUUACAUCCGAAUGUAGCCUUAUUUAAAAUUUUUAGUGGCUUUACGAGGUUUGGCUACCUCGCUAAAGUAAUUACUGAACCAUAACAUAAGUUCUAAUAAUUUAACUACUUGGUAACUUACAGGAAAAGAACAAUAUGAAGCACAGGUAGACUUAUAGAAGAAUAAAAACUUUUAUUUUACAG